UCCAGCCGAAGUUAAAUUGAAAAUCUCAAGCAAGUAGCAGCUUGGAAUGAGACUAUUUGUGGUUUGCUUUUGUAACUUUAUUUAACAAUGGAGUCUAGCCCCUUAGACUAUGUAGCACAGGCCUGCAUGGACCUGACCGAGGCCAUGGCAGCGGCGGGAUCCGAAGCAGACCGAGACGCACUCAUUAUUAGCCAUAUAAAAAAAGUUUGGGCUGUUGUACCGCCUGUAGAAGACUUCAAGAAAAACUUGGAAUGGGUAAAUGUAUCGGAGCCGUUAUCGCUAACCCAACACUGCUCUGAGAAGAUUGUCAUCUUGGACUUCUGGACAUACUGCUGCAUAAAUUGCUACCAUGUCUUGCCAGACCUGGCACAUAUUGAGAAGCUACACAAAGUUGAAAAUGGGCUGGUUGUGAUUGGUGUCCACUGUGCAAAGUUUAGUAAUGAGAAGGAUUCUGCCAAUGUGCUGUCAGCUGUGCAGCGGUAUGACAUUCGCCACCCGGUGGUGAACGAUGCUGACAGUGCAGUGUGGGAGGCCCUUGGAAUUCGCUGCUGGCCUACUCUCUUAAUUCUAGGUCCUGGCAACAAGCCAAUGUUUGUGCUGACGGGCGAGGGGCACCGCGACGAGCUCGUGUGGUUCGUUGGCGCCGCGCUGCGACAUUUCAGCGGCAAGGUCGCCACGACUCCCCUGCCCAUAGGCGUUUCCAAGCAUGUGAAGCCUAAAGCUGAUGAUGUGCUGCGGUUUCCUAGUAAGGUUGCCUUGAACCCAUUUUACAAGGGUCGUUCAGAAGAACCUUUCCUGGCGAUCGCGGACACGGGAAACCAUCGUGUAUUGAUAACGGACUGCUCGGGCGUUAUCCUGAGGAUCAUUGGAGGUCCAGAUCCUGGUUUCAAGGAUGGCAAGUUCCACGAGGCGGCGUUAAAUUCGCCGCAGGGCGUGUGCUGGUUGCUCGGCAGCGUGUUGGCGGUGUGCGACACCGGCAACCACGCCCUGCGCGCGCUGCACCUCGACGAGGGCACCGUGGAGGUGCUCGCGGGCAGCGGCCAGCAGGCCGAGCACGGCGACCAGGGUGGCAAGUGCCUCGGGUUCCAAGCGCUGUCUUCCCCCUGGGACGUGGCGCUGUACCGCACGCCCGACAUGGACAUGUCGGUGCGGCCGCUGCUGCCCCCUCCGCCCCCGCCGCCCGGGCAGCCCGCGCCGCCCAAAGACGAUAAAGAAGAUGACAAAGAAAAAAAGGACGAGAAACGUCGAGUGCUGCUCGUGGCUUGCGCUGGCUCGCACCAGAUCUGGGCACUGUUCCUGGACACCACCAUCUGGUGGAAAUACAAGACUUUCACUGAAGGCACCUGCGUGUGUAUCGCGGGGUCGGGCGCGGAGGCGGCGCGCAACAGCGCCUACCCCAACACCGCGGCCUUCGCGCAGCCCUCCGGCCUGGCGCUGCGGACUGGUUCAAGUCCGGAGAUAUUUAUUGCGGAUUCGGAGAGUUCAUCCAUAAGGAGGCUAGCUCUUUCCACGGGACAGGUCUCCACGCUCUGCGGCGGUGACAGAAACCCUCUGAACCUGUUCGCGUUUGGAGACGUAGACGACAUCGGCCAAGAGGCGAAACUUCAGCAUCCACUUGGAGUUGCUUACUGCGAGUCGAAUAAAACCCUCUACAUUGCAGACUCCUACAACCAUAAGAUAAAGAAAGUCGACAUCGGCCUGCAAAAGGUGACAACCCUGAGCCCCACCAUGAUCGAGACCACGGACCCCGUCAGGUUCAACGAGCCCUCAGGGCUCUCGGCCAGCGCCGACGGAAAAUAUCUCUACAUUGCAGACACCAACAACCACAGCAUUAAACUCCUGAAUCUAGCCAAAAAUGUGUGCCAAGAGUUCAAAGUCCGACUUCCAGAACCCAAGUUCACGGAGCCUGAGAAUUUAAUACUGUACAAAAACGACCUGUUUGUGAAUAGAAAGUGCGGUAACCUUAUUAUUUAUUUCAACGUAAGUUUAGACGCGGACACGAAGAAUGUGAACUUCACGCCGGGUGCGCCCCAGAACUGGCACGUGUGCGUGCGAGACGACAACAACAAAGACGUCACUUUAGACGACUUCGAAUUCGUAGACUGCCCUCAUAAAGGAACUAAACUACCCGGCAGAGUGGAAAUGAAGCUUAAACAUAGGACCAGUAAGACUCAUUAUCGCUUGUACCUGAGUUUCCAGACCGCGCUCUGCGAUGCGACGGUGUGUUUCUCUCAUGCGUUCACCAUCAGAUCGACGAUCCUAGUGCGGGACUCCGUGAAGAUGGUGGAGUCAUACAAAAUCACUUGCAAGGUGAAUCCGGUGAAUCGGACGGAUGCCAAGAAAGCUUCUAAUAAAUCUUAAGUUAGUCUAAGAUACAAUUACACAUCUUCGAGCAAAACGCACAUAAAAAUAUUAUUUUUAAGUUUAACCUAGUAACUGAGAUGUUACGUAUUUUUUUACGGUAAUGAAUUCGGUGAUUGUUGAUUUAUUUAACUAAAAAUACAUUUCGUAUUACAAA